CAGCGCACUUCCGCUGUACCCGCCUCCCCAUGCGCACCGGUGUUUACAAGUUUUUCAGUGUCGUUUAGUGUUAAAUUAAAUAUUAUUUCCACUUUUUUCAAGAGUGAGGUGAGCUUUUACGCUUAUAACAUGACCAGCACUCUGGUUUACGCCUCGUUAGCCUAGCCGUGCCGCCUUCAUCCAGUGUCCAGUCCGUAAAAGCCCGGGGCAUGUGGAGGAGAAGCGCUCUCAGACUAAACUUCCCCGCGUGUUUCGUGCCGUUUGUCAGGUGUGGAGGGAAUGCUGCUCCGGUCCUCCGGUCCACGACCCGAAACAUCCCCAAACCUGAGCCCCAGAGCCGGAGCAUGGCGCAGGAGGUAGCCCGCAGCAGUGCGAGUGGGACAUCCGCGAGUGUGGAGGGGAGAGCCCGCGUCAAGAGGGUGUCCAUCGAGGGUAACAUCGCUGUUGGGAAGUCCACGUUUGCCCGCCUGCUGCAGUCAGCCUGUCCAGACUGGGAGGUGGUGCCAGAGCCCGUCGCUAAAUGGCAGAACAUCCAGAGUGGAGCUUCUGGGGGAGGCUCUGAGUGUUCCGUGAGUAACCUGCUGCAGAUGAUGUACACCGACCCCCAGCGCUGGUCCUACACCUUCCAGACCCACUCGUGCAUGAGCCGCAUGAGGACACAGCUGCAGCCCCCAGCCCCUCGCCUGCUCCAGACACAGGGGGGCGCUAUGCAGGUGUACGAAAGGUCCAUCUACAGUGACAGGUACAUCUUUGCCCUCAACUCCUUUGAGCUGGGCUCUAUCAACUCCACUGAAUGGGCCAUUUACCAGGACUGGCACACUCUGCUGGUGCAGGAGUUUGGCCAGAGGGUGGCGUUAGAGGGCAUCAUCUACCUACGAGCCCCUCCACAGACGUGUAUGGAGCGUCUGAAGAUCCGAGCAAGGCCAGAAGAGGGCGCCGUACAGCAGGAGUAUCUGGACAAACUGCACGUUCAGCAUGAGCGGUGGCUGCUGGAUAAGAGCACAGAGGUCCAUUUUGAGGCUCUGCGCAGGGCCCCUGUGCUGCUGCUGGAUGCCAGUGUGGAGUUCAAGUCUGAUCUGCAGGUUCAACAUGACUACAUCUCUAAGGUGAGAGACUUCUUCAGCUCUUUAUGAGAAGAUGGUCUCAGUACAAAAUAUACUGUACUCAGCUGAUGAAGAUACUGUACAAGUAUAAUAAGCUUCUCCUCAGACUGCACCUGUCUGAGCCGUUACUGCUCUUACUCUCUGUACAUACAUUCACAUGUUUUAUGUUUAUUUAGCUCCUUUAUUGUAAGCUCAAUGAAAGCUGUACUCUGACCACCGUUACUGACCUCACUGUUACACCACAUUAGAUUUGUCAAUGACAUGUUUGAUACAUUCCUUUUAACAAUAAAUUUAGAUUUUAAAAAUUUUAA